AUGACAAACAGUGGUAGUAGUGGUAAUAACGGAAACGGUGAAAAGGAUGGUCAAAUCACUCUUCAUUAUCCGAUGCUGACAAGAUCAAAUUAUGGCGCAUGGGCGAUAAAAAUGAGGGUAUUCAUGUUGGCACAGGGCGUAUGGGAUGCGGUCGAGCCCAGAACUGCAAAUACCCUGGUCGAAUCAAAGAAAGAUAACAUGGCAUUGGCAGCCAUUUAUCAGGGGAUACCUGAAGACCUCCUAAUGGUGCUAGCAGAAAAGAAAACGGCAAAAGAAGCAUGGCAGGCUUUAAAAACAAUGUUCAUGGGUGCAGACAGGGUAAAAUCUGCUCGAAUUCAGACAUUAAAAGUUGAAUUUGAAGCACUAACAAUGAAGGAAGCAGAAAGUGUGGAUGACUUCGCAGGAAAAAUCACGAAUAUUGUAAGCACCAUGAGAACACUAGGCGAGACAAUUCAAGAGUCCUAUGUCGUAAAGAAAUUACUCAGGGCAGUCCCAAGUAAAUUUCUUCAAAUCGCUUCGACUCUCGAGCAGUUUGGAAAUUUAGAAGAAAUGUCCGUGGAAGAGGUCAUUGGGCGUCUAAAGGCACAUGAAGAAAGAAUGAAAGGCUUUGGAGAUAGUGAUGACCGGAAAUUGCUUCUAACUUUUCAAGAGUGGUCUGAGAGAAGCAAAAAGAAUCGAGACAAUGAUUCAAAACCCAAGUCAAAUCGAGGCGGAUUCAAUGAGUCACGAGGAAGAGGACGAGGACGCAAUAGAGGCGGUGGUCGAGGUGGUCGUGGCAAAGUCGAUUACAACACUCAGAAAAAUGCAAAUUCACAUGGAUCAAGCACCUUUGACAAAAGCAAGGAGCAGUGUUACAGAUGUCAAGAAUAUGGCCAUUAUGCCACAGAAUGUAAGAAUCCAAGGAAAGAAAGAAGCCACGAAAACAACUUGAUCUAG